AUGCUAUGGCCUGAAACUAGUUUAGCCCGGAGCGUUUUCCUUCAGUGGAGAUGUGUGUCAAGCAUCGAGAGCCAUCUCGCUUCCCGAGCCUAGCACUACCAGACUCGGUCAGUCUCGUGUCGCGCUAGUUGCAGCCCCAGCACCAGCACCAGUAGUAGUAGCUAGUGGCAUGCAUCAAUCGCGAGGCUGCAAUCAUUCAGGACAGGCGAAGCGACGCGAGAUGAGUCUCAGUUAGACUGCCAGCUUGCAAGCUUCUUCAGUCACAUUCUCGUUGAGAGCUGCUUUUGGUUGCAGCGACGUGUGUGUUCGACAGGAGCCCAGGCAGUGCCAGGAGAGAGAGUGAGGUGGAGCUCGGGGGUGUGGUGUUCGCGUUCUGUGUGUUUCUUUCUUUCUUUCUUUCUUUCUUUCUUUCUUUCUUUCUUUCACGUGGUCGGUAUUUUUGGGUGUGAUUUCGGUCGCGGAUCUAGUGUAGGCGGGUGCGGCAGGAGCUUCGUGUGGAGCGGGGUCGUGUGCAAUUUUGGCACGCGGUGCAAUGGCGUGGGUGACGGACACGGAAGGGUAGUUGGCGGUGCUGGAUGAGGCGCGGUGAAGGUGGAUGUGGAGGUAGUGCUGAUGGGAGGGUGAUCGCCGAGGUCGGUGGACAGGUUCGAGUGAGGAGGUUUAAAGCAACUUUUGGAGAGGACGUGAUAAUUCUGUGUGCGAAUCUGAGGAAGAGGAACUGUCUCUUAAGGAAGAGAAUUGGCUUUUUUUUUUUUUUUUUUGAGGUAGUGUAGACCUCUUGCCUUACGCACACUUCAUUCCUAAGGAGAUCCAAGGAGUUACUCAUCAAUUGUUUCUGGGACGGAGCGUGUGAAGGAUGAUUAGUUCUAGGUCAGGUUGAUAUUCCUUGGAGGCUUACGCAGGAAUCUCUUGACAUGCCUACGUGGGAAGAAUAGUAGCAUCGUCGCAGCGUUAGAUCGGUAACCCCUCCAAGCAGAAGAAUUCGCCAUGGGGUGCACAGUAUCUAGAGAUGACGCAGCCUUCACGGAGAGGGAAAAGGACAGGAUUGGGAGCUUCCGGAGGGUCGGCAAGAGUAGUUCCUUCACACAUCUCAGAUCUACCAAGCCUCGUGACUUGCACUACGAUUACCAUGUGGUGGCACUCACGUCCAGCACCUAUGGCCUGAUGAAACUGCUGGAGACGGAGAAUGUUAACGAGCAUUUAGUGUCGGUGAUCGGAGGCAAACGUGCUAACACAUCCGGUUACAGCACGAUCAGGAAGCCGGACUCCAUAACUAGCGACGAGAGGCCAUCCAAGAAAUGGACUGACAUGGCUAUGGGAGCCUCCAGAUUUAAGCUGGAGCAACUAAGGAAAGAUAAAAUUGAGGCCAAGUAUCCCCUGAAUCCGAAAGAGGCAGAGGAAGCACCGGGACCCAGCGAAGCGGAAACGAUCAAUACAUGGGAGCUCAUGGAGGGAUUAGACGAUCAAACCACACCUCUGAUAACCCCUUUAACGACUACUACAGUUUCUACGAAAGAAAUUGGAGAUGAUCUUCUAAACAAAGUGUCAGAUGCACCCAUGGUGAAGGCCCUUCCCCGGUCAAGAUCGCUCUCUGCUGUCGAUGGGCUCAAGAUGUUGAAUAAGGGAGGCAUUGCAAGGCCUGACCUCGUAACCCUCGACUCCACAUCCUCUGUGGCACAAACGUCCACGACUCAAAGUUCUGAGUAUUCAAAUAGGGGCAGCACGGAUUUGUCAAGUGUACGUAGCAUGGAUUAUUCACUGAGAAGCAGCCAGCCGCUCGGUAGUACUGGCUUACCUGCAGAAUUCGCACAGCAGUACAGUGGACCGCUGAAUGGCGUUGGUUUGCCGGUGGAAUUCACGCAGCGAUACAGCGGGCCUCUCAACAACGCGGGUGCACCGUUAAGUUUCUCUCAAAGGUACAGCGGGCCACUGAACAGCUCGAGAUUACCGGCAGAAUUUUUACACAGAUACAGCGGACCGCUGAGUAAUGCGGGGCUGCCGACUGGGCAAGUGAUGGGGUUUCCCGUGCAGGACUUCCAGACGGUGUUUCCAUCCGUUUCGGAUGUCUUGCUUGGUGACGAGACCACGAACAGCAAUUUGUUUGACCCUGACAUCUUGGCAACAUUCCAAGACAUGAUACACCUGGAGGAAAGGUCCUCCUCCGAAGAUGAUUGGUACCAUAUUCGUAGCAGUGAUGGAGAGGCCUCGACCUCCAGUACCGACGACGGGGACAGUCCUGUUCAGUGGACUAGCCGCAACCAAAACGCGUUCGAGAACUCAGCUAAGAUCUGCGACGGCAGCAGGGAUGCGUCUCAAUCGGGAACAUUUGCCCCUCGCCGGAUCUCCUUCGCGAAGGUGAUGCCAGUCGACCCUCCGGAGAUUGCAGACCCACUGUUGCAGUUCGAGAGGAAGUGUCCGCCCGGUGGAGAGCGCCGCGUGGUGCUCUACUUAACCAGCUUGCGCGGCGUUCGCAAGACCUUUGAAGAUUGCCACAGCCUGAAGAUGAUUUUGCAGAGCUUUCCCGUGUGGGUCGACGAGCGGGACGUCUCCAUGCACGCUGAAUUUCGGCAAGAGGUUACUGACUUACUCGGUGGACCCGUUAUAGUUCCCCGCGUGUUUAUCAAAGGCCACUACAUCGGCGGGCCUGAUGAGGUUCGUCGCCUUCACGAGGACGGCAAAUUGGGGGCGCUCUUACAAGAUCUUCCUGUAGUCCAGUAUCGAAAACCAUGCGAUGGCUGCGGUGAUGUAAGAUUUGUCCCAUGCCCGGAGUGUAGUGGCAGCUGCAAGAUCAUUACUGACACGAACGACGUUGCGCAGUGUCCGGAUUGCAACGAGAAUGGAUUGAUCAGAUGCCCAGUUUGCUUCUAGCAUCAUUUCACUGUCAAUCUGUGGGCUCUUGGCCACCAGUCGUAGUUUGGAUUACAUCAUCGGCGCACGAGACAGGCAGACCACCCCAUUGAAUGCGGGCGGAAUAGCGAGAGAGAGAGAGAGAGAGAGAGAGAGAGAGAGAGUGUACAUACAACAAAUACUUGGCUACCUUAUUCUUACAGUUUUGUUUUGGAGGGAUUUACAAUUUGUUGAAUCACUAGAUUAAAAGAUAGCUGUCGAAAGCGGGACUCUGUCAAGGACUUCGCAUUAUGUCGAUGACGGUUUCCGCUGUGCACAUUCCUGUAUAGUAUUCAAAACGAAUGUGAAGCUCUCAUAACGCCCAGGAGCAUUAUUUCUCAUUCUUUCA